UCUUAUAUUUGAAAAAUGAAGUUUAUGUCUGGAAUUCAUCGCAAUGCGCUGGCAUACUCCAUGACCACAUUGGGUGCUGGAAUGAUGAAUAGUAUCUUCAAUUUCUAUUAUGUUAAACUUUUUCUAAACCGAUACAAGAUCUCAGAAACCGCGUUCCAUCAAGCGCAGGUUGUUUUUAUGAUCUGGAAUGCCAUUAAUGAUCCUCUCUUUGGGUAUAUUCAAGACAACUCCAGAGUACCAUGCUGCUCUAGACGCCAGUUUUCCAUUCUAUAUGGCGCUCCGUUGUACGCUUUGGCCUUUCUGCUUCCUUGGUUUCCUUGGAAACAAUAUGGAGAAGAUGACUGGCUUAGCGGGCUUCAUCUUAUUGUUGCCUUGUGCGCUUUUGACGGCCUGCUUACAUUUGUUUUACUAGCACAAUGUGCACUUUUUGCUGAAAUUUCCACUCGACAUGAAAGUAGGCUCCAGCUGAUUAAGUAUAACCAGGUGGCGAGCUUAGUUGGAUCUACCAGUAUCCUUUUCUGUGGUUUAAUUACAGAUAAUAUGGAGAACUUUGUCUCUUUCCAAGCCUUUACAGUUUUAGUAGGAGUUAUCGCAACAGCUUGUAUGUGCUACACUGGACUCUACAGCACAACUGAGUAUGAACAAAAGGAGAUUCUUGCAGAAGAGGUUGUUUCAGAGAGUGCGGAGGGUUCUCUGUCUUGGUCUUCUAUAAUUUCGUUGACCAGGCAGAUCAUGACCCAGAAAAACUUCUUGCUUUUUGUGACCAUGAACUUCUUUCAAGUCUUCCACCUGGCCUUUUGCAACAAUUUCAUGAUGAUCUUUGCAGAUAAUCUCAUCCCCAAAGAAGUUCUUGCAUCUUCUGUCAGAAGUAUCAUGUACGGAGCAGGCUUUAUUUGUCCUCAGUGUCUUGUGCUCAUCAGUCAAACUUUGUUGCGGAAAUUUGGUUACUAUAAGAUUGUCCUAUAUUCCUUCUACUUGGAAGUGAUGGCUGCAGCUGCCAUGUUUUUUCUAGGUGUAGAACACUACUACCUUCUGGCUGCUUAUCUUACAGGAAAUAUGGUAAUUGUUCAAGCUGCCUUCAGUUUGUUUAAUCUGCCUUUGGCUGAUAUUGUGGAUGAAGAUUUAAAGAAAUAUAAAAGAAGAUCACCACUUUCUUCUAUGGUCUUUGGAACAAAUGCCCUGUUUACAAAACCAGCUCAGUCUUUAGCCCCUAUGCUUGUGGUUACAAUACUAAAUCAGUUUGGGUACGCACAACUGAAUAACAAAGCCAUCCAGCCUGACCCACAUUUGUUUUUAGGUCUCCAUGAUGCCAUGUUCUACAUGAUUUGCCUGAUUCCUCUCUGCAUUGCAGUCAUACAGAUUUUGACAUGGACACCCUUUUCUAUCCAGAAUAGCCACCUAAUGCACUAAGUUGUAAACAUGGCCUUCAAAGAACCAGACAGUGAAUUUCACACAAUAGCCAAUGAUAGCUGUGAACUUGAACACUGGGCCCUUUUGUAUCUUUGGAUAAAUAGAUCAGAUGCAACCUGAGCCAUUUAUUGGUUAAUUGUUAGCCCUGGAAAUUCAUUCACUAAGUACCUGAGUACCUUGACAUGAAGUAAGUAUCUCUUUUGAGCUGAGUGACUUGAAGAAGUUAGGGAUCUCCAAAAGACUUGAGGAGGACAUUUAAAAUACUAAUAUAUUAAAAUUAGUG